UCUCAUAUGGGAAAGAACAAAAUCUCGAUGUUCUUCAUGAUUAAGUUACCUGGAUCGUGCUAGAUGUAACCAGAAGGCUGCCACACUUGCCUUCUGUGCCUACCUAUUACUAUUGCUGGCUAACUACUCGUGGAUGCCUGGGCGAACUCGACACAAUGGGGGAGGAAUUGGCUGAACACCGCUGUUUCAUCUCGCGCAACCUGUCAGUGGUGGUGUUGACCGUGCCGCUGAACAGGCCAGAAGGUUCAACAGGGGUAUCCAGCAAGGAGACCUUAUCCUUAUCCCCCACCUCUGAGAGGUUGAGCCAUAGGUACCUCUCCACCACAACUAAGCUACCAAUUAAACAGCCGAUAUGACGAGCCGUUUGCUUGGUCGCCCAGAGAGACAAAUCCAUGGCACGGUGAAGCUCCGCCACUGUCCAAUUCCAUCCCCGCAAUUGAGGUUACUCAGCAGGUCUGCUUGGUAGGGCUGCAACACUGCCAUUGUAUGCAGUGACCCACAAGCGAGACCUGCUGCCACAUAAGCUUUGCCAACCAACGCUGAGGAGGCCUUACAUGGCUUGGAUGGCAAAGCCGGCCUCCCUAAAUUUCCUGCCGUCAGUGGAGAGAGGUACCUCGCAAGCGCCUCCUCCACCUUUGGCAUAGCCAAAUACCCAUGCUGUUCUUUUCCCACAAUGGCCAAACAAUCCGACCUCACGGGGUUAUAAACACGGCUAGUGAAUAGUUUUCCCCAAAAGCGCGAUAUUUCAUCAUGCACUUCUGGGAAAAAGGGUAAUUUUCUGUGGUGUGAGGGAGAUUUAUAUUCAGUGAGGAGAUAGUGCUCAUCCAGCCUGCUAUGAGCCAUUUCCUCUUCCCUGGGCCAGUCUAGAUUAAGUUUCUCUACAGCCCUAGUAAUCACAAGAUCACGCAACGUUGAGUUCUCUUUGAAAGGGAACAUGCAUUUAACCAAUUUAAAAAUGUGUUGAGCUGUCUCAACAACACAUCAUUUUCAGUUGCUUUGCUGACAAAGACUGGAUAACAGGAUUGAAAUGACCAGAGUUGAGUGACCUUUCACAUCACUGAAAAUAAAGAAGAAAGAAGUUUUUUUUCCCCUUCUUCCCUUGAUUUACCGUGAAUAUAGAUGAUGAAACCUCCUGCUGAACAUGACUUGUGGAAUAGUCAAUUGUUGAAUGUGUUCAGUGUGUCUGGAUGCCUGAAGGAGAUGACGACGCUGCGCAUCACGUGACUCCCAGACGUCAUUCUCACGCCUGUAGACGGCAGCAGGCGGUCGAGAGGCGGAGGACAGGAGAGUUCCUUCAUCAACAGCAGCAUGGAGCUCCCGGAGCCCUGCGCUCUCUGACCGCGCGUCUUCACACCUUUUCAGCCGAGACCACUGCCCAAACGCACACAUGCAGGUUAUGCCACCCCACAGGCUGACUGCAAACCCAACGGUCAAAGAGAAGGGCUGAUCUCAGACCCCCCCCACCCCCUGCACUCCUGCUGCUUUGCCCCUCCCUGUCCCCAUGGCGACAGGAGGCUAUGCCCCUGAGAAAGAUGUUUUGAUCAACCUGCAUCAGGUUCUGGCCGAGGAGGAGAAGGGCUCCACAGAAGGGCUGAAGGAUGAAGACUGGGACAGGGCUUUGUCUGUGGAGCGUUUUGGGGACAUCAUUACAGAGUCUGGCAUGAAUGGUGCAGACAAAAUGGGUCGCAGCUACAAUGAAAAGGACUUUGAAUACCACCGCCACACGUUCCACCACACGCACCACCCACUGUCCACCCACCUACCCCCACAGCGCUUCAGGAAGAGGGUGCUCAGCAUGGAGCGUCGGCGUAAGAAGAAACGCAGGAAAAAGAAGACAUCUAUGCCACCCUCUGACGUCACACCCACCAUUCAUGAGGUAGAUGAGGAGGAGGCAGAAUCCGAGUCAGAAGUGCAGGGCCAGGACACCACGCCCACUGAGCCCCCUGAACAACAGUUGCAGUUUAGUUUGGAAUGUGAGGGGGUGAUGAUGCCACCUCUUCCUCUCCCCACAUUCCACGUGGAGAAUGAGAGUCUCCCAAGCCCAGAGCUGCCCAUCACCAGAAAAGUACAUGAGGAGGAAGUACAUGACAAACAGGAAGAAGAAGAAGAGGAUGAGGAUGAAGAAGCAUUACAUAGGUUUAGUCCAUCUUUAGAGUUGGCCAGUGUCCCAACACUGGCCUGGUUCUGCCGGAAACCUGUCCACCGGCUGAGCGGAGCCCAGCGCACCAACUACGACCUGAGAGAACGCAUUUGCAUCGGCAGCAUGACUGCCAUGGAGACAGCCGUUUAUCAGAAAGUGCCCACGGACGAAGCAGAGGCUCAAAUGCUUGCCACUGUUGACCUGGAUGACAUGAAAAGUCACCGGUUUGAAGACAAUCCCGGAGUAAGACGACACCUGGUCAAGAAGUCAUCUCGAUGUCAGGUUACUCGGGCAAACAACGGCUCUCCUGCUCUAUCUAGCCUGAAGAAGAGGAAGAAGAUGGACAAAAAGACACAUGAGGUCUUUGUAGAGCUGAAUGAGCUGAUUGUAGACAAGAACCAGGAGAUGCACUGGAAAGAGACGGCUCGCUGGAUCAAGUUUGAGGAGGAUGUUGAGGAAGAUACGGACCGCUGGGGCAAACCUCAUGUGGCCUCACUGUCCUUCCGGAGCCUGCUUGAGCUCCGCAGGACCAUCACACAUGGUGCCAUAAUGUUAGACCUAGACCAGACUACGCUUCCUGGAAUUGCGCACCUCCUGGUGGAAACCAUGAUUAUCUCAGACCAGAUCAGAGCUGAGGACCGCGCCAAUGUGCUGCGUGCAUUACUGCUGAAACACAGUCACCCGAAUGAUGAGAAGGAGGGCCGUUUUCACCGAAACCAUUCAAUCACCAGCCUGGGCAGCUUGCGCCGUAACCACAACCAUGUUCAUGACACAAGCCUGCCACUAGUGGCCCAGGAUCAUGACACAAAAUCACCAGAGCAUGACAAAGAGAAAAACCUGCCGCCCGUUCCUGCAGAGGCACAUGCUGCAGCCAGAUCUAUGAAACUGCUGGCAAAGAUCCCCAAGGAUGCUGAGGCCACAGUGGUUUUAGUGGGCUGUGUCGAGUUUCUGGAGCAGCCUGCUAUGGCAUUUGUGCGCCUGAAUGAAGCAGUCCUGUUGGAAUCAGUUCUGGAGGUUCCAGUUCCUGUGCGCUUUAUUUUUGUGCUUCUAGGUCCAUCUCAGAAUAACAUGGACUACCAUGAGAUUGGACGUUCUUUCUCAACACUUAUGUCUGAUAAAAACUUCCAUGAAGUGGCCUACUUUGCUGAUGACCGUCAGGAUCUGCUGAAUGGCAUUAAUGAGUUCCUGGACUGCAGCAUUGUGAUUCCGCCCUCAGAUGUAGAGGGCAAGGACCUGCUGAAGACGGUGGCCUCCUUCCAGAAGCAGAUGCUACGCAAGCGCAAGGAAAGAGAGAAUAAAAAGUGCAUGAGCGGAGUGGCAGGACCUAACCAGGAGACCAAAUAUCUCAACCAAGAUGAGCAGGAGGAUGAGGAACUGGAGGUGGACCCGCUUAAACGCUCUGGGAUCCCAUUUGGAGGACUGAUCCAUGAUAUUCGCCGCCGCUACCCACACUACAUAAGCGAUCUGAAGGAUGCUGUGGAUACGCAGUGCAUUGCCGCUGUCAUUUUCAUCUACUUUGCUGCCCUCUCACCAACCAUCACUUUUGGAGGACUGCUAGGGGAGAAGACUCAAGGUAUGAUGGGAGUGUCUGAGCUCAUUAUCUCAACAUCAGCAGUCGGGGUGCUGUUUUCCCUGCUGGCAGGACAGCCACUGCUCAUUAUUGGCUUCUCAGGGCCUCUUCUGGUGUUUGAAGAGGCCUUCUACAAGUUCUGUGAGGCACAGGGCAUUGAGUACCUCACAGCUCGAGUGUGGAUCGGCUUCUGGCUCAUUUUCAUUGUGCUGGUGAUCGUAGCGGCAGAGGGCAGCUUCCUUGUGCGCUACAUCUCACCCUUCACUCAGGAGAUCUUUGCCUUCCUUAUUUCCCUCAUCUUUAUUUAUGAGACCUUCUCCAAACUCUUCAAGGUAUUCCAUGAACACCCAUUGAUGAAGACCUACCCAGUCUCUCCAGGCUCUCCUGUGCUUGGACAACCAGAAUUAGAACAUCAGGGUCCACUUUUAAACCAGCCCAACACUGCCCUACUCUCACUUGUGCUUAUGGUGGGAACCUUCUUUGUGGCCUUCUUCCUUCGAAAGUUCCGCAACAGUCGCUUCCUUGGUGGCAAGGUCAGGAGAAUUAUUGGUGAUUUUGGCAUACCCAUCUCCAUUCUACUAUCUGUAAUAGUGGACCUCCUCAUCCCUGACACUUACACACAGAAACUGAACGUGCCCUCUGGUUUCUCGGUCACAUCUCCUGACAAACGAGACUGGUUCAUCAGCCCACUUGGAGACAAACAGGCCUUCCCCACGUGGAUGAUGGGAGCCUCCGUGGUGCCUGCCCUUCUCGUCUUCAUCCUCAUCUUUAUGGAGACGCAGAUCACAACGCUGAUAGUAAAUAAGAAAGAACGUCACUUGGUGAAGGGUUCAGGCUUCCACUUAGAUCUGCUGCUGAUCGUGACUCUGGGCGCUAUCUGCCCACUCUUCGGCCUGCCGUGGCUGACAGCUGCCACUGUGCGCUCUGUCACUCAUGUCAAUGCUCUGACAGUAAUGAGCAAAGCUACAGCUCCUGGAGAAAAGCCCAUGAUUCAGGAGGUGAAAGAGCAGAGACUGACUGGAAUGUGUGUGGCCAUACUUGUGGGCAUGUCCAUUGUGAUGACAGAUGUACUGCGGCAUAUUCCUCUGGCUGUGCUCUUUGGUAUUUUUCUGUACAUGGGCAUCACCUCCCUGACUGGUAUCCAGCUAUAUGAGCGCAUCACACUCAUGGUCACACCUGCAAAACACCACCCUGAUCACAACUAUGUCACUAAAGUGAAGACCUGGCGUAUGAACAUGUUCACCAUAAUCCAGCUGUUGUGUAUUGCACUCUUGUGGGUGGUGAAGUCCACUGUGGCAUCCCUGGCUUUCCCCUUUAUCCUCAUCAUGACUGUGCCACUGCGCAGACUCAUCCUUACUAGGAUCUUUGAGGAGAGGGAGCUGGCAGCUUUGGACGCAGAUGAGGAUUCGCCCAAUUUUGAUGAAGAUGGUCGUGACGAGUAUAAUGAGAUUCACAUGCUUGUGUAGACCUGGUCUCCAAUCACAGGAUAAACCGCCUGUAAAGGUGACACUAGCCAUGAUGUAUGAUGAUGUUAAACUCAGAUAGUCUACUCUCCUUCAGGAUUGUGUCAUGUGUAUAUUCAAACAUUGUACUUAUUCAAACAUUGUACUUAUUCUGUGUAAAAUGGAGAUAUUGAUGCCACAGAUUCACAGGAUUUAGAUACUGUAUGUGAUUGUUAUUCUAAUUUAUUUGUUAUAUAUUUUUAAAAAAAAUUUGUUCUGGUUCCUCAUAAAUGGUCUCUCUGAAACUUAAUGAUGCCCAGUGUUUUCUGGUUCGGGACAGUUGACUGUUUUAGCAGCAGUAACAGACCCUAAUUUUACCUCAUGAAGGGCUUGUUAAGAAGCUGAUGAGGUGAGUUCAUUGUGUUAGAGCAGGGAAAGUGCUAAAAUGUAAGGACUCGGGAACCAGAAUUGGGAAACACUACACCAUAGGUCCCAAAAUAGACCAUGCACCUUACAUUGAUGUAUAAAGUGAAACCCUGAAAACACCACAUAUACUGUAGGACCCCACUUCUGAUUUGCAUUCUCUUCUGUAGUGUAGGUACUGGCCACAGAAUCUGAAUGAUUUUCAGUAGUAGUAACAUUGAUCUGAGAACCCUCAGGGUGGUUCAUUUCAAACACAUUCUGUGCAAUUCCCUUUCUUUGUAUGCUGUAUGAUAUAAUGCUGUCAUGAAGACAUGAACUCUAAGUGAGAUUUCUUCUGAUUGAUCUAAUAUUUAAGCUUUUUAUAUUUGCUGUUAUUUAUUUGUGACAUUUAUUUGCCAUACUGCACAAUUACUUUGUAUUCAGAAAGCAUUUACUUGUUAAAUUUGCAUUGAUAUGGACAGUUCAUAAGAGAAGUGUUUUCAUAAGAGAGGUGUUUUCAUUAGCAUGGACUGAAAAAAGUUAGCACACCCUUAUACUUUUCCUAUACUAUUUCCUAUUUAUUUUGUGCUCAUAAUGUGAGACUUGUAUGCUACAUUUUUUUUGUUAUAUUUGAGUUAUUGUUUUAUUGGAACAGUUAAAGCCAUAGUGUACAUGAUUUGAAGAUGUAAUGUACAGAUUAUAAUGUUUAAUUAUAAAAUCAAUCUUAAUCCACUGAACUGACAGUGUAUAUGGGAGCAUUAGCAUUAGCAUUAGAGAUUGUACUGGAAGUGAGAGUGUUUGGUUCCACUGCAUUCUGCUACCAAAUCAGUGGAUGAGGGCAGAGGAAACUUUCUAUCAAACUUUAACUAGUUUAAAGGAAGUACAUGACAUUUAAAAUCCACAUUGUGCCACAGCCAACAAAUGAGCAGUCAAAUUUCUUUUAUCUGAUUCUUUAUCUUUUUACAUUAAAACAGUUUCCUCGGAGGACCUCAAAAACUCUGAGAAGGGUUCACUGAACUUUCAUCCAUACUUUUCAUAUGAACUGAAGUAUUAUUUUUCCUGUUUCAUAACACAUCUUGAGGCACAGAGCAUGCAGAGAGUGAAAAAAAUGCCCUUUAGACUGUAAAUAACAUCCUGACCGGUUCCUGUUGGUUGUGCUACAACACUGUGUACUUUACACAAAUCACACGACUAGGUUCAGUUUUCAAACACACCAUUGCACAGAAGUUUUCCUUUUCCAAUUUAACUCACAGGUUUUGGGGAUGGUGAAAUACAAACAUAAGGUAUUACUCUUAAGACCAAAUGCUGCUACCCAUUCAAACAGGUUGUCAGUUGUGAGACCACACAGAAGUUUGUAGGUUGGUUGUCCUCAAACUUCAAAACUAAGCACUAUAUUGAUGCCAAAAAUGUUAGCUUGGGUUUUCAAUUAUGAAGUAAGGAGAGUCACUUAGAGGGGGGGGGGGCCCAGAGUUGGACAGUAAUUACAGUACAGAAGGGUGAUUAGAGCAGUGGUGACUCAGUGGCUAAGGUUCAAAAGGUUCAAGACUUCAAAUUAGCUGGUGUGAAUCAGCGUUCAAACGAGUGCAUGCAUAGUGUCCUAUGAUGGACUGGUGUCUCAACCAGGGUGUAUUCAAAUCUCACGCCCAGAAUUCUUGGAUUAGGCUCUGGAUCCACUAUUAUCUUAACCCAAAAGGUUACUGAGGAUAAAUGAAUAAAUGAAUGUAUGGCAUGAGUAAUGCUUGGUGCUUGAUUUAGUUCUUAAAGAUCCAACACUGCCAUUAUGUUGCUCGUUUUCUAUCAUAUAUGCUGAACAUGUAAUGACCACUUUGGUCACGAAUACUUUACUGGAACUUUAGAAGUGAUCUGAUUUAGAGGUGAUCCUUUAGACUGAGCCAUAUUGUGGCUGUAAUAAUGUGUCUGCAGGCAGCUGUAAGAAUGACGCCAAUAGUACGUAGUGCUUGGACACAUCCUCAUAAAGGAAUGGUUUGAAUCAGCAGAGAUGGAUAGGGAACAAAAGGAGCUCUUAAACAGGCAUCUAUUGUCAUGAUGGCUGGCAUUUCUUAGGCAGUGGUGGUUACCAAGACUGCAGACUUGUUGCUUACUCAAGCAGCCUAAUGAUCUGCAGGGCUACUGUUCAGUGGGGAUGUUUAUAGGCUCAGUGCUUGGAGAGAAUACACCUGUGCAGACUGGAAAAUCAGAUACUUGUUCUUUAAACAUUUUCUGGGCCAUAGUGUGUGUGCAAGUGUGUGUCUGUCGGUGUGGACAGGCACAGGAAUGGUAGGAAAUAGAAACCAUUAAGUCUGGAAGAGAAUCCAAAGGUGUGUGGGUAGAAUGUGAGAAAAUAAAAGGCACAGACCCACUUCCUAUCUGUGGUUUUUCAGUUGCUGGAUCAUGAUCAUGAAAAUCAGAGAAUGGUCUAAUUGACUAAUGCCAUCCUAGUUGCAUGGCCCACCUACCCGAUUCCUUAAACGAUGUGCAUAUAACAUUAUGUCUGACUUUGCUUUCAGUUUUCUCCCAUCUCCUUCAUUGCAUUUGACACAGAAUGUGUGCUUCACUUACCAGAGAGCCCCACUUAGAGGGAAGUAAUGACAGUCGACCAAACCACAAUUUUACUGAACUCUAAAUAGUGCAUUACAUUCAGUGGGGAAGGAGUAGACAUAGAAUGUGGAGAGGGUUUAAUGGAAAGUCCUGUUUGUUUCAAAAACAUAUUUCCUGCAUUUUCACAAUAUCUUUAAAAUAAAACAUGAGUUCUCCAUGUUUCCUCCCUAAAAUUCCACUGACUCACUGAGCCCAGAUUUAAUUUAUGAAUAAUAGUCCAACUAUCCAAAUACUAUGCUCGUUAUUUGUAAUUUCCACCAACAGAACAUAUUAGCACAUCCAAGCUGAAAUUAUUUAUAGGUGACCAGUCAAACAGGCUAAUAACUGUAAGGACAUAAACAGUUUUAAU